GAAAGGCGGCAACGGCGGGAAGUAGCUCGCAUCUCACGUCUCGUGCGAAAAGAGUGCCUGCAUGCGCAAUUAGCCCUUGGCUACAGACGCCCGAGCGGGGCUUGGCGCGGGGGGUGGCGGACGGGAAUCCCCGCCCCCGCCUCUGGACGCCCAAGAAUGUAGGGAUGUAAAAGAGCGCUAAGGAUCGUGCCCAGAGGCGUGAGCAGAACCAUCCCCACGUGCAGCUCCACGUGCCCCGCCGCCCCGGACAGACCAAGGAGGGCUUGGAGGCCCCCAGGCCAGGGGGUGUGGGGGGGGGGGCGCUGGGCCUGGCCCCCCAGGCCGGGGGGAAGAGCGCCCAGCCUGCCUGCGCCCUGAGCCAGGGAGUCCAGUGCAGCGCCUGCCCGAAAAGCAGGCUGGAGUGGGGAUCCCUGCCCUGCCCGGAGGAUUCAGGAUCAGGCUGCCAUCCUGACGGGGAGGAUUUCCUCUGGGCCAAGUCAGCAAGAAGGGACACACACACACACACACACGCCCUGACGUUUCCCAGAGUGUAGUGCGGGGGGGUGGCCGCCAGCCAGCCAGAUGUGUGGGUCCCCCCCCCGGCCCAGAUGUUGCUGGAAUGACAGCUCCAACAGGGACUCAGGAAGGAGUCAGAGCACAGGGAUCCCUUUAGCUCUUUAGUGUUGCCUACAACUCUGACUGGCAGCAGCCCUGCCCUAGCGGGAGACGCGCCCCCCCCCCCCCGUCUCUUCCCUAGUUCAGCUGCACCAGGGGCAGUGCGGGGGGGGGGGGGGGCUUGCAUGAUGGGUCACUCUUGCACUCCUCAAAAGAAAGGGUUGGGGCGAAGGGGAGGCCCAAGGAGGGGGGUCUUGAACAGGCCUGACCCAGACCCCAGUGUCCCCAAUGAGCAGCUGGUCACCAGGAACGCCCCCCCCCCCGCCCUGAACACGCCUCCCUUCCUCACCCCCCCAUGUGACCUCCUCCUUGUGACGCUGACUCAAGCCCUGUUGCAACCCGGACGCUCCUUCCCCUUUUCUUCCUUUGCAGGCCCCAAUCCGGCUGCGCCCCACACACACACACACACACCACGGGCAGCUGCCAGAGGGACGGGAGCUCGUGACCGCCAGGCCCAGCAGCUCCCUUCGUGGUCUCCAUGGGGAGGGCCCCAUAGUCAGGAAUGAGGGGGACUGUAGCCCAAGGUCUGCAGGGGCUGCACAGGCCUGGCUGGGCUUUAAAAGGGAGAGACAACCCCACUCCACCACCCCCCACAGCCCCCCCCACCCCACCCUGCUCCCUCCUCAAGGUGCUGAGCAGGCUGCUGGUUCCUCCCCCCCUUCUGGGCCCUCCCAGGGGCUCAGCCGCAGAGGGGUGGGCUUGGGGCUGCUGCUGGGGCCUCAGCUCCGAGCACUUGGCCCAGCGCCCCCUUGCUGCCUGGUAGGGGCUGCCGCCCACCCCCCUAGCUUGGAGCCAGGUGCUGAGGCCCCUCCGGUGGAGCUGGGCUGCUUGGAGACACCCACUGCAUCUCCCCCCACACACACACGAUGGGGCUGACCCUCAGCAGGGCUUGCUUUUCUGAGCCCUGGGGUGGGGGGUGCGUGGGGGGGGGUUCAGGCCUCCGCCAGCCCCUCCCUCCCCCCCUCCCUCCCUCCCUCUGCUGACUCUGGCAAGGCUCCCCUCUGCUGCUCUUUGCCCCAUGACAUGACAGGGCCUGUUCUGACCUUUGCUCAUGCACAGAGAGUGGGGGGGGGGUUGGCGUGUGGGGUGUGCGCGGGCCAGAUAAGAGGGUGGCUUAGCAGGGAGUCCACAGGGAGGGAUGGGUUCGGGCCCAUAAGCUGGGGGGGGGCAGUGCCCGCACCUCCCCUCCCCUCCCUCCCCAGUGGAGGGUGAAUCACUCCGCAGCAAAAGAGGAAGGAAGAGCCACCCGGCCAGCAGACCUGCUUGCGGCAACGGAGGGCCACCACCACCAGCAGGCAGAGCCGCCUCCUCCCUGGCAGGCAUGACCAACAGCAGCAGGAGGUUCCAGAGGUCCUGCUCCUGGAGAGGGCCCCGAUCCUCCCGCCUCCUGGACCCGGAUGGCUUCUACAACCCCCUGGAGGAGGCCAGUCCAGGCGGGGGAGGCAGCCAGGUGACCCCCCCCAAGGAAGGGCCCCCCCUGGACGCGGCUGCCCGGCACCCAGGCAAGUGGGGCAGGAGAGCCGCUAGCCUGCGGGUGCGGAGGACCAAGGGGGAAGAGGCCCCGGUGGGCCCGGCGGUGGGCGAAGCAGCCCACUCCCUGGGGCCUGGAGAUGGGCAGCUGCUCAUCGGGGAGGCCCAGGGCCAGGCGGGCAGGAGCCCCGUGAAGACGUACCGGAAGGUGAAUCGUGCCCUCCGGCAGGGCUGGCAGACCUUCCUCGCCAACGUGAGCAGCCUGACGCUGAGCCGCCAGACCAGCACCGGCCCGGCCCCGCCAGCCGCGCGGGCCCAGUGAAGGGCUUGGCCGGCAGACACACCCCUGGGACUCGCAGCCCGGUCGACGGGACGGGACGGCCCAGCCCACGCUCUGUGGCCCACGCUCUGGACAGGCCGAGGACCGGCUCCUGGUUGGUGGGGCGGGGGCAGUGGCACUCCCGGCUGGGCUCCGGGGGGGGGUCCUCAAGAGGGGCUGGCGGGAGAGAGCCAGGACAGGCCCCCCCCUCCUCUCCCCACCGCCAGCCAGAGGUCGGGCGGGCAGAGAGCGCCUUGGCAGAGCCCGCUGGGACGGGGCAGCCAAGCAGAGGCCUCCUGCAUCCCAGCCCCGCCGCAGGCCGAUCCUCGGGUGGGCUUUCCGGAGAAGGCAGCUCCGCCAUGCCAGGGCCAUGAUCCAUCCGCUGUGAAGGCAGCCUCGGAGCUUGCUGGGAGGCCUGCAAGAGCCCGGCAGACGGUGGGUCCUUGCACAUCACACACCAGCCAUGAUGCCAGGACCCGCUGGGCAUCCUCCCUUCCGCUGGGAGGGCCACGGCAGAGAGCUCUCUGCUCAGCUCAGGCCCAAGACGGCCACUGUUUCUGCGGCAGCCACGCAAGACCACCUGCGCCCGUGACCCCCCCCCACCAGGCCCUCCCCCUGCGGGGAAAGGGGGCAUCAGUGGCUGACCAGGCUGUACCGUUUGUAUGUGCCUGAGACUAAGCGCCUGGGAAGGCUGGAAGUGAAGAAAAGCACGGAGGAGAAAAGCUGGAGUGGGAAAGGGGAUUUCAGGGCACGAAGGUGACUGGCGGGCUGAGGAGGAGCUUUUGAGCCAGGAGUGGGGGAGAGAGGGAGGGAGGGAGGGAGGCCCCCCAGGUGAGGGGUCAGUUGGUCAGAGAGAGGGUUGGGCGAGGGUCAGGAUCCCAGAGCACAGGUUCCCCCAGGGAAAAGGAAGAGCAUUUCCCUGAAAGCUUGUGGUCAUCGGUUAGGGGUGUGCACAGACUGUUUGUGGCGGUUCAGGCUGGAUUUGGACCAAACAGCUGCUCUGCAAACCGGUUUGGCCAGACUGAACGGCUUGGCUGGUCAAACUGACGAGCCGGCUCGAAGCAGUUCUGCUCAAAGCAGCCCGGCUCUCGUGGCAGACCGGUUCGAAUGCAAUCCGGUUCUGCACACCCCUGUCGUCGGAAAAGGAAGGGUAGGAAAAGCCAGCUGUGGGGGAAACGAAGCGUUAGGCCUGGACGGGUUACAUUUUAUACCAAGACCCGUCUCAAUUGUUUUGCAGUUCUCUGUGUAAUCAAUAAUCAUGAGAAGACUGUAUACAGUUGUGGUGGUGUUUGUUCCUGAUCAACAGGAAAACUCGCUUGCUUGUUUUGAAACUUCCGCAUUCUAGUUUGUGAACCCUAAUCCUGCAGAUAAUGCAACCCCCAGGGUCAUAGUGCAGCAGAGAGAGAGAGAGAGAGAGAGGAGGGGAGAAAGGCAAGGAAGGUUGCUGAGCUCGGCAGCCACCCAGAGUUCUUGUGUUCUCAUUUCUGACAAAAGGUCGGCCAGCUGGCGGCCGGGAAGAUCAGGUGACCUCCGCACACCAGGAGGAGACAGGCCCGGCUGGAGCCAGCCCCUCCCCUCCGCAGGAAACAGACAAGCAGGGAGCCAGGAAAUCCCCGGCCCCCCCAGGCCAACCCACCCACUUCCUCAAGGCUGUGCCGGGCAUGCAGAGGGGGCAGCCAGAGACCCGGCCCAGGAAGACCCAGGCGGGGAAGAAUCUCCCCCCACCCGCCCCCGCCCCACAAGCCCAUUCCCUGUGUGGGAGGAGGGGGGCGGGGAGCAGCCUUUCCCUCAGAUCCUGCUGGAACAAAGCCACCGGCUGCUUGGCAGAGUCUGCAAGAGGCUCCACAUCCAGUGCUGCUGCCUUCCGGGCCGGCUGCCAAGGGGGCCCUCUCCGGGGCAGGCUGUCUUCAGAAGUGGGGCAGGGGCGCAAGGCCACCACAGGGGCACCACCGACUAACCUCCAGGACUGGCUCCCAAACCAAGUGGCAACUCCGACCCACCAGAAGGGGCCACCUAGUUGCAGGCCCCGCUUCUGCCCCCAGGGGGGCCCACCCACCUCCCCCGCUUGAUGCCACCAGUGGAAUUGGAAGGACUGGGGGGAGUGCAGGAGCCGUGGAAAUGGGGCUCAAGGGCGUGCUCUGGGGGACCGACUUGCAGGAGUCGGGGAGGCUGGCCUGCCCCUACGCAAGAGAGCCCACCACCUGCCCCGCCGUCUUCUCCUUCCCAAGAGCAGCAGUGCAGCCCACGUGGUGGCAUCUUCACGGCCACCCCACCAAGGGCACGUGGCAGCGGCAGCAGCAGCGUAAACAAGCCUGGGGAGGUCUCCCCCCCUUGCCGAGGAGGAAGCAACCUGCAGCGUGGUGGAGCCAGACUCUGCCCCGGAGCAGCCACGGCCCCCCUGCUCCCCUCCUCCCAGAACAAGCCGCUCUCUCAGGUGAUACACCGAAUCGGAACGAGAGGCAGGACUCGGGCAUCAUCGCGUGGAGUCGUGGACAGAGGGCUGAGCCGGGACUGAAAGGACGGAGGGCCCGAGUAGAAGCCCCCACCCCAUUCACCCGCGAAACCUACCGGGGGGGGGCGGUCGCUGACCUCCUCGCCUGACCUGCCUCCCUCUCUGUCAUGCAGAAAAGCCCAGACCAAAGAACGGUGCGGGCCUCAGCUCCUUGGGGGGGGGGGAGCGUUAAGGAAGCCAAUCCAUGACCUGACUGUGGCUAGACCCCACCGGACAGCACGGGGAGUGACCCCAAGGGAUGGCGGUGAGACUCCCAGCCGCCGAGGCAGGAAGGCCCCGUUCCUGGAGAGGCCCCUACGCCCCACCCCGAGAGCCUCGUCAGAGGAGGCCCUGCUCCAAGGCCCCCUGCCCCGUGGCUACACCCACCCCAUCUACAGAAUAACAGCCUCCUCCGUGAGCCCCACCUGGCCCCAACGCUUGCUUCUUUUAGACGCCAAACCUUUCUGUUCAGACCUUCCAAAAAUGUAUUCUUAAAAUGCUUUUCAAAAUAUGUUUGUACUUUAUUGUAAUUGUAAUGUUUUCUUAAUUGUA